AUUGCAAAAUUGCAAUAAUUGAUAUUCAGACAUAUAAGCCUUCUCCAAGAAACUUUAGUCCAAAAUUGUUCUGUCGUUGGUCACCAUUUUGGUCUGGGAACCGACGAAAUGGAGGAUGAAAAAGGAUAUCGCUGGGAAACCGAAUAUGAGAAGACUUGGGAAGCUAUACAUGAAGAUGAGUCUGGUUCACUCCAAGCCAGUAUUGAUGACAUCAUUCAUAAAGCUAAAAGGAAAAGAAUGCUGGAAAAAAUUGGAAACAUCCGACUGGGAAUGAUGCGACAUCUGUAUUUAGUUAUUGAUAUGUCAGAAACAAUGUCAGAACAAGAUUUAAAACCCACGCGACUACACUCAACAGUCAAAUUAUUAGAACAUUUUGUAGAAGAAUAUUUUGAUCAGAAUCCAAUCAGUCAACUGGGCGUAUUGGCAACGAGAAAUAAGCGUGCCGAAAAAAUCACAGAACUAGGAGGCAAUCCAAGACGUCAUAUCAAUACUCUACAAGGUUUAAAAGAUAGAAAAUGCCAAGGAGAACCUUCACUACAGAAUUCUUUAGAACUAGCUAUACAAACACUAAAACAUAUGCCAAGUCAUGCUAGUAGAGAAGUUUUGAUUAUAUUGGGUAGUUUAACAACUUGUGAUCCUGGUGAUAUUGAUAAUACUAUUCAGACAUUAAAAGAUUGUAAUAUCAGAUGUUCUAUUAUUGGGUUAGCUGCUGAAAUUUCUGUGUGUAAGAAAUUAUGUAAACAAACACAAGGAAAAUAUAAUGUUAUAUUAGAUGAAAGUCAUUAUAAAUAUUUAUUAGAUCAACAUAUAUCUCCACCACCUGCUACGUCAAAUACAGCAUCAUCCUUGAUUAAAAUGGGUUUUCCCCACCAUUCAUUGAGCAAUGUAAAUAAAGAAGAGAGACCAUCAAUGUGUAUGUGCCAUCUAGAUAGUAAGAAUAAUGAAGGUUUUAGUACUGUUGGAUAUUUCUGUCCUCAGUGUAAAUCUAAAUAUUGUGAAUUACCUGUCGAGUGCAAGGCGUGUGGCUUAACUCUGGUCUCAGCGCCACAUUUAGCUCGAUCCUAUCAUCAUUUAUUUCCUCUAGACUCAUUUAAAGAAAUUCCAAGAACAACUUUAGAAGAUGUAGAAAAAUUACAUUGUUUUUCCUGUUUAUCUCAACUUAAAGAUAUCAAUAUAUAUCAAUGUACACAAUGUAUGAAGAUGUUUUGUUUGGAUUGUGAUCUAUUUAUUCAUGAAACUCUACAUUCCUGUCCUGGAUGUUCUAGUCAUAGAGGGACACAACAUGACAGAAUGGACACAACAUGAAAUGGUGCAUUUCCUUAGAACUGCUCAUGUUACAACAAUAUAAACACAUUCAGACUUUUCAUGAUACCUUGAUAUGUCAGGAUGAAAAUGGACACAUAUAGCUACUGGUAGACAUUCCUAUCACUAUGGACACAUCCAGGAACAGCUCUGUAUGAUAUGGAUGUGGCCAGUUGUAAAAGAUUAAAUACAUGAUGUUCCUAAUUAAAGCAAUAAAGCUACAAUAUUUGUCAAAUAUAUUCGUUAAUAAACAAUUUAUU